AUGGCUCCUCUCCUCAUCUUCGUCCUCUUCUUCUACACUCUGUUACCAGGUAACAACAGUGUGACAACAUUUGGUCAUUUAUCAGUACGCAGUGGAGGAUCUCUCACCAUCCCAUGUUUCUAUGAUCAGGAAUAUAAACAGCACGUGAAAUAUUGGUGUAAAGGGAGACUGUGGACAUCCUGCAGUACCCUGGUACGCAGUGACUCACCACAGAGUAAGAGUGACGUGUCCAUCGCCGAUGACCCCGACCAACUGGUCUUCACUGUGACCAUGACAAACCUACAGGAGAAGGACUCUGACACUUACUGGUGUGCUGUGGAGAUUGGGGGGUUUGGAACUAUGGAUGACUGUAAAUCUAUUUCCUUAACAGUAACUGCAGAUACGUAUGGUGUGUGGACUGAGAGCUUGUUGUCUGCAGGGAGAGGAGGAUCCGUCACCAUCUCAUGUCACUAUGAUCGGAGAUAUAAACACCAUGUGAAAUACUGGUGUAAAGGGUAUCACUGGUCAACCUGUACUAUUAUGGUACGCAGCGACUCACCGCAGAGUAAAGGUGAGGUGUCAAUCACUGAUGACCCCGACCAGCUGGUCUUCAGUGUGACCAUGAGGAACCUACAGGAGAAGGACUCUGACACUUACUGGUGUGCUGUGGAGAUUCAUGGGGCACAAGAUGUUGCUGUAUUGCUGCCCAUUACUGUGUUAGAAGCUACUCAGGCCACAACUACGCAACACAGAGAUCUGAUUUCAGCAACAAAAUCAUCCACCACGAAUCAUCCGACAAACAAAACAAGUCCAUCCACACUGAUGGUCCUCCUGGUCAUACUGGGACUGCUGGUGCUACUGGGGGCUCUCUUCUUCGUUACCUGGUCUCGCAGCAGAAAUCCCAACCACAAACUGUGA